AUGGACGCCAAACUGCUCAAGUCGACCAAGUUUCCGCCCGAGUUCGCAAAAAAGGUGGACAUGACCAAGGUCAAUAUUGAAGUGAUGAAGAAAUGGAUUGCGGAAAAGAUCUCGGUUAUACUGGGAAACGAAGACGAUGUUGUUAUUGAAUUAUGCUUCAACUUACUCGAGGGCUCACGCUUUCCAAACAUAAAGCAUCUACAGAUUAACCUUACCGGGUUUUUGGAAAAGGACACUGCGAAAUUCUGCAAGGACCUUUGGAAUCUAUGUCUGAGCGCGCAAGAUAGCCCUCAAGGUGUACCUAAGGAGCUACUUGAGGCAAAAAAGCUUGAAUUGCUGCAGGAACAAUCAAGGCCGCCGCAGAGGAAGCACGUCGCCGCGAAGAAGCCGAACAGGCAAGGGAGCGAGACUUGGAGAGGAUUCGACAACGGGAAAGAGACACUCGCGGCCGCGGAAGAAGAGGUCGUGGUGGGCCGUCACGAGGCAUGGAUCGUUAUGACAUGCGAGACUCACCUUCACCUCCUAGGAGGAGACGCAGCCCGCCCGAUUAUCGUGAUGUACCCUCCCGCCGAGGUGCCGAUAUAUACGUACCCGGCGGCGGUAGAGGCCAUCGACGAGAUGAUAAUAGAGGGCGCCGACUGUCAAGACAAUCAUCCAGUUCGCUCUCCCGGUCACCAUCACGUUCUAUUACGCCGCCCCGUGAGCGUCGGCGCGAUAGGAGAUCCCCGGAAAGACGAAGACGACGAUCACUCAGUACCUCACGCUCACCGUAUAGGCGCGACCGUGGCCGGAAAAGAGCCCGGAGCCCUAUCCGUGACGACUCGAAGUCUCCAUCCCGCUCGCCUUCCAGGAGAAGACGUAGAAGAUCGCGAAGCGAAAGCUCCUCGUCUCCGCCACGUAACCGCAACUCGAAAGCUCGCCGCGCAUCCUCAUCACGAUCUCUCUCGAGGUCAAGUAGUCAGGGUGAUCGGAGAAGCCGACGCCCUCGGAGGAGAUCCCCAUCAUAUCAAGCAGGGCCUAGACGGGAUGAACCCAGAGCUGAUAUUCCUAAAGAUCGCAGAAGUCAUGACGACCGCCGGCUAA